UGAAAAGAUCUAAGCAUAAGACGUGCCAGGUCACAAGAGAAGACUAGAAGAGAGAAAGUCCCCCUUAUCUUCUCAUAUAGUGUGAACAAACAUUCGUGGAUACCCAGAUUUGUUUCACAGAGUCAUCCCUCUCUUAUGUCAUUUAAGAAAAAAUUUCUACUCCUAUGCGUAACUUUCUCUUCCUCCAUAUCACUUCCACUCUGUAGGAGUUAAACCGCCUUCUUUCUCUGUCUCUCUACCCACUGGACAUUUGUUUGUUUUCACUGCCAUUUCUAUAGCACAGUAUCUUUCUUUUCUUUCUUUCAUCGCAAGUUCGCAAUCUGACCAAUUCAAGCACCAAAUGGACUAGUAAAGGAUCCUUGACUAUUCACCAUUAUUAGUAACAUGUUAUGUUGUCUACUUCUUUUCACUUUCUCACUGAUCCCAUAUCCUUCGAUCUUGGAUAAAAGCUUUGAUUGAAUCGCUGUUUGCCUAAAACCCAUGUGCUUCGAACUCUGAUUUCAACGCUACGUACCUAUUUGUGUACUGUAGCAUCAACUUCUAGAUCUGUAUUGCUAUUUUGUUGCAAGAAGUUUCUCGGGCAAUUUGAGGGCCAUUAAUUUUGUGGUAAGAAAUUUUGGUGUCUGGAGACAAAGCACGAUUUGUGUUGGAACUUUGAGGGUUUAAAGCUACUCCAAUGCGAAGAGAGUGUUUGUAUAUUGAACUCAGAAAGUGAAUUUGGAUAUAGCAUCGUUGUAGGGAUGCAAUCGAGGGUGGUUCCAUUAGAGGAGGGCAAGGACCCUGCGAUUCCAAUCAAAACGAGCCAACCCAAGGCGUUUCCAUUAAGGUUACUCCAGUUGUUUCUGCUUUUUCUGGCUUUAUGUGUCGCAUUUUCAAUAAUCAGUAUAUACGCAAUCAAAAGUUUUGGUGUUGUUAAUAAUGUGGUUACAAACGUUAAGACCAAUUUCCAGCCAUGCCUUGAAGAACCGAGUGCUUUGGACCGUUGGAUUAAGCCUCCUUCAAAUCUGCUUCACAAGAUGAAUGAUGAAGAGCUCUUAUGGAGAGCUUCUCUUGUUCCUAGAAUUAAAAAGUAUCCCUUCAAGAGAGUUCCGAAGAUUGCAUUUAUGUUCUUAACAAAGGGGCCACUGCCUCUGGCACCUCUUUGGGAAAGGUUCUUGAGAGGGCAUGAAGGGCUGUAUUCAAUCUAUAUUCAUUCACUGCCAACCUUUGAAGCCAAAUUUCCACCGUCGUCUGUUUUUCAUGGAAGACAGGUCCCAAGUCAGAUUUCUGAAUGGGGUAAGAUGAACAUGUGUGACGCUGAAAGAAGGCUUCUUGCUAAUGCAUUGCUAGAUAUCUCCAAUGAAUGGUUCAUUCUCCUAUCUGAAUCAUGCAUUCCUCUUUAUAAUUUCACUGUUAUCUAUCACUACAUAAUGAGAUCCAAGUAUAGCUUUGUUGGUGCUUUUGAUGACCCUGGUCCAUAUGGGAGAGGACGAUAUAAUGAAAACAUGGCACCUGAAGUGAACAUUAGCCAGUGGCGAAAAGGGUCUCAGUGGUUCGAGGUUAAUCGAAGGCUUGCAGUUACCAUUGUGGAAGAUACUAAAUAUUACCCAAAAUUUGAAGAAUUCUGUAAGCCAAAUUGUUAUGUUGAUGAACAUUAUUUCCCUACCAUGCUAAACAUUCAAGCAGCGCAUCUCAUAGCAAAUAGAAGCCUUACAUGGGUUGAUUGGUCAAGAGGUGGAGCUCACCCAGCUACAUUUGGAAGAGCAGAUAUAACAGAGGAUUUCUUCAGAAAAUUUUUCGAAGGUCAGCACUGCACUUACAAUAAUCAGCCUUCUUCUAUUUGUUUUCUUUUCGGGAGAAAAUUUGCGCCGAGUGCAUUGGAACCUCUAUUACAUAUAGCACCAUCGGUCCUGGGUUUCUGACAGCAGAACUCAUCAACUAAUUUUAAACAGUGAAAAGUAGCUCAAAAGAAAAUGAGAAAUUUCAUUAUUUGCAGCUUAGAUAUUUUUAUGCAGUAACUACUUUUGGUGAUAGGAUGUGGUUUCUUGCUUGUAUACUUCUUUUGGAGUGCUUCUGUCCAAAAUUAUAUUAUGUACAGGUAAUGCAUACCCAGUUCAGUUUGCAUUAUAUUUUCACAUUUUUUCAGUAUUAGAGAUCAGCAUAUCAUAAUUGGUUUUUC